AUGGAGGAUUGGGAAAUAUUUUCUGAUGACUUGGGAAUUAUUUAUGUGCAAUUGGCUCUUAAGUUGUAUUUUAAUGAUACUGAAGUUAUGGCAUUCUCUUGGAAGCUGUGCAAAACGAAAUCUUUUAUUCCUCUCGAGGAUGAGAUUCCUGCUGCCUUGGAACAUCGAGAAGUAGAUCAACUGUUGAAUAAGACGUGUUUAGAGAUGCAUGCAACGGUGCAGAAGGGUGGCCUUUCUCCAAAGCCGAUAAAUGGUCCGACAUCAACAUCACAGUUAAAACCUGGUUCAGAUAGUGUACAAAACAGUGCUUCCUCAUUUCCCUCCCAGGGUAAGGGAAAAAAGAGGGAGCGUGGUGAUCAAGGCCUUGAGCCUGUCAAAAGGGACCGAACUAGUAAAAUGGAUGAUGGGGAUUCUUGUCAUGGUAGACCAGAUGUUAAUUUAAAAUCUGAGAUUGCAAAAAUUACUGAGAAGGGGGGACUAGAAGAUUUCUCGAGAGUUGAUAAGUUGGUUCAGCUCAUGUUAUCAGAGAGAACUGAGAAGAAAAUAGAUUUGGUGAGCCGGUCAAUACUUGCUGGCGUGAUAGCAGCUACAGACAAAUUUGACUGCCUUAGUCAUUUUGUUCAGCUCAGAGGGUUGCCUGUUUUUGAUGAAUGGCUUCAGGAAGUCCACAAAGGGAAGAUUGGUGAUGGUAGUGGCUCCAAGGAUGAUAGAUCAGUCGACGAUUUUCUUUUAACCUUACUCCGAGCUCUUGAUAAACUCCCUGUAAAUCUCACAGCGCUGCAAAUGUGUAACAUUGGCAAGUCUGUGAAUCAUUUGCGUAGUCAUAAGAAUAUAGAAAUACAGAAGAAAGCAAGAAGUUUAGUUGAUAUAUGGAAAAAACGAGUUGAGGCUGAGAUGGAUGCUAAGUCUGGUUCAAAUCAGGUUGUUCCCUGGUCUGCUAGAGAUCGUCUUUCUGAAGUUUCUCACGAUGGAAGCAAGCAAUCUGGAUCAUCUGAGGUUGCCAUGAAGAGUUCAGCUAGCCACUUUGCUGCCUCCAAAACUGGUUCGGUUAAGCUUGCUCAAGGAGAGACCACAGUCAACUCUGCUUCUGCAUCACCAGGACCCAUGAAGGCUGCAACAUCUCCUGCUUUUGCCAGUACAAACUUAAAAGAUGGGCAGGCACAAGAUGCUACUGUCGUUGGCCCCUCUGACCCUCACGCAACCACUAGGGAUGAGAAAAGCAGCAGUUCUAGUCACUCCCACAACUAUAGUCAGUCUUAUUCUAGUGAUCAUGGGAAGACGGGGGGGUUUUCUGGAAAGGAGGAUGCAAGAAGUUCUCCCGCUGGUUCAGGAACAGUGGCUAAGAUCUCAGGUAGUUCUUUACGUCACCGGAAAUCCAUUAAUGGUUUCCCAGGACCAUCAGGGGUUCAAAAGGAAGCUGGAUCUAGCAAAAAUUCUUCUUUGCAUAGAAAUCCUGCUUCAGAAAAAAUAUCUCAGUCGAGUUUAACAUGUGAAAAGGCGGUGGAGCCUCCUAUGGCUGAGGGUAAUAGUCAUAAGUUCAUUGUUAAGAUCCCAAGUAGGGGUAGAAGUCCUGAACGAAGUGCCAGUGGGGGAUCUCUUGAGGAUCAUCCUGUCAUGAAUAGCAGAGCUUCUUCUCCUGUGCUGUUAGAGAAACAUGAGCAAUUAGAUCGUAACAUGAAAAAGAAAAGUGAUAGUAAUCGGGCAAAUUUUAUCAGCGAUGUGAAUACUGAAUCUUGGCAUAGUAAUGACUUCAAAGAUGUGUUGACUGGGUCUGAUGAGGGAAAUGGUUCACCCACUGCUGUUCCCGAUGAAGAAAACUGUAGGAAUGGAGAGGAUGCUAGGAAAACAACUGAAGUUACGAAAACUGCUUCCUCAUCAUCUGGAAAUGAAAUUAAAUCAGGGAAACUGCAAGCGGCUUCUUUUAGCUCCAUAAAUGCUCUAAUUGACAGUGUCAAGUACUCUGAAGCAAGUGAGUGCAUGCCGGUUGGGGAUGAUGCUGGAAUGAAUUUGCUUGCUAGUGUGGCUAUUGGAGACUUCUCUAAGUCAACUGUGGCUUCGCCUAUUGAUUCUCCGCAAAACAAUACUCCACUUUUUGAGCAUUCUUCCAUGGGAAAUGAUACAAAACUAAAACCUCCUACUGGGGAUGAGGUUGUUCAAAAUCGAAAUCAGUUUGCUGAGGUUGUGGAUGAUGAGCAUCUAAAUCAGGGUGUUGCUGCUGGUAAUCCUUGGGCAAAAGAUGCAACCGGCAUGACUGGUUCUGCUCUAGAAAAAUUUGGAGAGCUGAAUGAGCAUUUAGCUUCAUCAAGUAUGGUGUUGCCUCAGAUUGUGGACCAACGCCUUGAAAAUGGUAAAUUAGAGGAAAUCAUAACAGCUGCUUUAGUCAAUAUGCCCUCUGCACACACUAUAGAGAAAACUACUGAUAUAGGAGAUUCCAAAGAGCAUAUGGAGAAAAAGUCUGGCAGAAUGGAGGAUGAUUGCAGUGUGGACGCUAAGCUAAAGGGGAGCACUUCUGUGGUGAAUGAAGAGGUCAUUGAUCCAUUUGUAGAAGUGGAGAAAGAAGUGGUUGAAGGAUCUUCAUCUGCACCUUCAAUUGAAAUUGAUGUUGAUAACAAGAAAAAUGUCAUCGUAAGUUUGCAGAGAGGUUCACAAACUCAUCAGAAGUCGCCAGUUGUUAUUGGACAUUCCAUAAAAGUAACAGAUAAAGAAGCAUUUUCUCCUUGUCCUACUAAUGAUAUGGUUUUGGAAAAUGUUGAUGAAGACAAGCCCAAGAAGGAUGUUGAGAUUGAUGCAACAAGUCAUGCCAGUCACAGUGAGAACAAAAAGCCCGAGUCAGAAAUUGUCACUGCCCAGAAAGGAGAGCACGUGCAGGAGAACUUGGAAUGUAUUGAGGAUCAUGAUCCACUUGCUGGACCAUCUCCCUGUAAGGUGACUGGUUUAGAAGCAGGUGAAGCGGAAGAAUGCACAUCAAUUACUACAGAUACACCUAGAGGUGUUGCAGCUACAAAUUCAAAAGUAAAAUUUGAUUUGAAUGAAGACUUUAACGUGGAGGAGGGGAAAUCUAUGGAACCAAAUAACUUGACAGCAGUAGUAUACUCAACUCCUAUCCAUAUAGUUAGCUCAUUGUCUUUCCCUGAUAAUUCUGUGUCUAGCAGCCUUCCUGCAUCAGUUACUGUUGCUGCUGCAGCUAAAGGGCCUUUUGUUCCACCACAUGACCUACUAAGAACUAAAGGGGCACUUGGUUGGAAGGGAUCGGCAGCCACAAGUGCGUUUCGGCCAGCUGAACCCAGAAAAAGUUUAGAUAUGCCUCUGGGUACAAAUAACACUUACAUUCCUGAUGCUACUACUGGGAAACUGAGUCGGCCCCCGUUGGAUAUUGAUUUGAAUAUACCUGAUGAGAGAAUCCUUGAGGAUCUUGCUCUCCGAAGUUACUCGGGCACAGAGUCUGCACUAGACCUUUCAAAAAUUCGUGAUUUAAAAUGUGGAUUGGUGGGUUCUGCACCCAUUCACUCCUCUGCUGGACUUGAUCUUGAUUUGAACAGAGUUGAUGAGCCUGCCGAUUUGGAUAAUCACUCAAGUGGCAAUAGUCGUAGAGCCCCUAUGCAUCCAAUAAAGUCAUCAGUUGGUAUUCUUAAUGGUGAGGCAAGUUUCCGCAGGAACUUUGAUUUGAACAAUGGACCCGCUGUGGAUGAGGUGAGUGCUGAGCCCUCACUAUUUAGCCAACAUAAUAGGAACAGCAAUGUGCUAUAUCAAGCACCAGUUCCCAGCCUGCAGAUAAACAACACCAAUAUGGCAAAUUUCUCAUCAUGGUUUUCUACAGGGAAUACAUACUCAGCUGUUUCUAUUCCGUCAUUUUUUCCUGAUAGGGAACAACCAUUUCCAAUUGUUGCAACUGGUGGACCACAAAGGGUGUUGCCCCCCCCUACUGGCGCUACCCCUUAUAAUCCUGAUGUCUAUAGAGGACCUGUGUUGUCAUCUGCACCAGCAGUGCCCUUUCCAUCGACUCGUUUCCAGUAUCCUGUGUUUCCCUUUGGAACAACUUUUCCACUGCCUUCAACCAGCUUUUCUGCCAGUUCAACAACUUAUGCUGAUUCAUCUUCUGGUGGGAGGUUUUGUUUCCCCACAGUCCAUUCGCAAUUGUUGGAAACUGCUGGUGCCAUUCCGUCCCAUUUCCCCAAGCCACCCUAUGUUGUUAGCCUUCCUGAAGGUAGUUAUAAUAGUGGUGUUGAGAGUGGAAGGAAGCGGGGAAGGCAAGGUCUAGACUUAAAUGCUGGAUAUGUAAAAAGCCCGGACAUGGAAGGAAGAGAUGAGACAACAUCUCUUGCAUCUAGGCAUAUUGUUGCUAGUUCACAGGCCAUGGCAGAGGAGCAAGCAAGAAUGUAUCAGGUACCAGGUGGGGUUCUGAAAAGGAAGGAACCUGAGGAAGGAUGGGAUGGAUACAAGCAAUCUUCAUGGCAGUAGGAAUCGUUAUAUAUCACUGUGUGGUGUCCCAUUAAAGCAGUUCUUCAAGGACAGGAUCUGGCUAACCUCCAGAGGUCUUCUAACCCGGUUUCCUCUUAGUGGAGGGUGGUAAGUGAGUCAUUUGAUGUUGUUCAUAGUCUGCAACCCCACCUUUUCACCGUAUCAACUGUACUGUAAAAGAAUCUGUUUGGGGUAUGCAAGCUUUGUUCCUUGAAUCUGUUCUGGACAAAGAUCAUUUUCCCUUUGUAGAUAUCAGAACUGUUGGAAAUCAUGCCCUUAUGUUGCCUGGACAUUAGAAAUUGGUGCCCAUACUGGUUUUUAGUGCAUAUCUUUCUUGAUCUUCC